UCCGGACGCGAGGUCACGUAACAAGGGAUAACUCUUAUCAGCUGAUGGUGACAGCUGUAGACAUGGCGAUGUACUGCAGCUAGGGGUUGUCCUGAAGCGAUACACGUUUCGUCUCAGUGAAACAUGACAUACUGUAUUUAUCCGGCCACAGUUUACAGAUAACCUCGGCUGCCUUCACACAAGUGACACAGAUAUGGGAUAACAUCGUGCGAAUACUGACUCGAAGUUUGAAUGGCGAAGGUACCUCCUCUCCACAUACUGGUCGUGGUGUGGGGCUUCUUAGAAAUCUUGCUAUUUGGAGGCGUGAUAUUUGGUUGGCACUCAGUGGUGUAUGUGUACAAAGAUGAAGGCUACUUCGCAGACCUGUGUGACGUCAGCAACGUCUCUGUUACACAGCAUGUCAACAACAUCUCCACCGCGCAGUUUGUCGGCAACACCAGUGACGUACAUCGUGUCAGCAUCACAGCUAUGUACUACACUACCUUGGCUAAUUCCACCGGUAGAACACCCAGUCACUGGAACAAUGCUACAGCUCCAGCCUCUGGGCUCCCACCCACAGAGCUUUCAUGUGACGAUCAGCUAAAGCUGUCGGAAUCAGGCAAGAGCAAGGCCUGUGCCCCCCAAGAUGAACAGUUCAGCCUCAUCUUCUCCCUGUCCACCCUCAUCACUGGACUCAUGUGUGUCAUCAAUGGAUACCUGUAUGACCGCUUUGGAACCAGAUUCUGCAGAUGGAUUUCCAUAACAUGCUACGUCAUAGGGUUUGUGUGCCAGGUUCUAGCUUCUCCAGAAAACCCCUUCCUGCUGUACCCGGGGUACAUCCUCCAGUGCUAUGCAGGGUAUUUCCUCCUUGUGACCAACAUGCAGCUUGGAGGGCUCAUUCCUCACCUUCGCUCCACACUUAUCAGCAUGUGCUCAGGAUCCUUUGACAGCAGUGCGGCAAUCUUCCUACUGUUCAAGGUGGCACAUGAACAAGGAAUAAAGAUCAACUACUGUUUCGUGUUUCAAGUCUGCCUGUUCGUCAUUGUCAUUAUCAGCACUGUUAUCGUCCACAGGAAGAGUCACUUCCCUUGGCCUCUACCUCCGGAUUAUAAAUUCCGUUAUUAUAAUUUUUCUACAUGCCAACACUUCAGGAAUAAGAAAGAGAGGCACUAUGACACUGACGCCAAUGUGAUUUGGAGAUCAAAUGAGAAUGGAAGCAUGAUGAUUGUGAAGAAGAUUGAGGAAAAAUCCACAAGUGAAAAUAGAAAGUCUCUGAUUGGUGAUAAAGUUACAAAUGAUGAGAAGUGUGGGGACAGUGCCAAUGGUUUAUCUGCCUCUGUACCAGAACAGACAAGGACUCCAACCAUGUUGGAGGUGAUGAAGACUCCACUGUUUAUAUGGAACUUGAUGUGGAUGUGCUUCCAGAGGCUGAGGAGCUGGUUCUUUGUGGGGAUGUUCAAUGUCUGGAUGACGAGGCUGGCAUGUGGGGAUAAAGCUAUCGUGAGCCAAUACACAUCCUUUUUUGCCUCUGUGCAAUUCAUCGGCAUUUUUACCAGUCCUAUGAGUGGCCGGCUGAUGGACAGACGGAUCCCAGCAGCCAAAAUCUACAACAGCUUGAGAAUGGAGCGUCUGCAUGCGUCAUUGGCCUCGUUUCUGAUGUGUUCUGGUCUGUCUCUGGUGUUCACCAUCCUGGUGGCGAUCCCCAUCCUCCCUCUCCAGUACGUGUCCUGCAUCCUCCACAGCGUCUGCCGCUCCUUCAUCUACGGACCAAACUUUGCCUUUGCAGCUAACGCAUAUCCGUUGGAGCACUUUGGGAAGGCGACAGGGGUGAUACUGACAGUGUCAGCAAUAUUUGGGAUGCUGCAGUACCCACUGUUUCUCCUGAUACAGGGGCCGUUAGACAACAACCCACUUGUGGUUGACAUCCUCUUCAUCACAAUGAUGGUGGUCAGCUUUGGUCAUCCCAUGUACAUCUGGAACUACCUCAGGAAGCAGAGAAGGAAGAUUGAGAAGGAGACAGGGUGACGAGGACAGGCUGCAGCUAUCUGCUAGUUUCGCUCUAGUCCCACUAGUUAUACAACAUGACAUCAAGUCCCAUAUUAUAAGCAUCUGCUUGACCUGUUUUUGUCAAACUAGAUAACAUAACAACUACUCUGAAAUUAUCAAUAUCUGCUAGUUUCAUUCUAGUCCCACUGGAUAUACCGCAUGACAUCAAGUCUCAAAGUAUGGCUGUUUUUAGACAUGUGACUGCAGUUCUUCACAUUUGAAUGUUUUUAUAGAUGUUAUAAUUUUGAAGUCUCUCGUAACUCUGUACAGGGUGGCUCGUUACUUUUACGCUUAUAUUGUCUUACGUUAUGUAUA